AUUGAUGGAACCACAUCUCUUGGUGGGAAAAUGCGCAUUUUGUUCUUAUGCAGAUUUUUGAAUAUUCGCAUGAAAAUCUGUCCCCAGUUGGAUGGAAACCUAGCUAGUAUCUCAGUCAUCAGUGACUUUUGGGAACAUCGGAUGUUUUUAUGGAAACAAUUGACAUGCUAGAUGCAGCUGAUUGCUCGACGGGCGGAGCUUACUUGUGCCUUUCCCAUGAACUGGUGACUUCGUACAAAUUGUUUGUUGUCGAUCAAGAUGGAGUUCCUUUUGGGAAAUCCAUACAGCACUCCUGUGGGACAUUGUAUUGAGAGAGCCACUGAUGGCUCCCUUCAGAGUGAGGACUGGACCCUCAAUAUGGAAAUAUGUGACAUCAUAAAUGAAACUGAGGAUGGGCCCAAGGAUGCCAUCAGGGCCAUGAAGAAGAGGCUGAACGGAAACAAGAACUACAGGGAGGUGAUGCUGGCACUGACCGUCCUGGAGACAUGUGUGAAGAACUGUGGGCAUCGUUUUCAUGCCCUCAUCACCAGCAGGGACUUCAUAGACGGCGUGCUUGUGAAAAUCAUCUCUCCCAAAAACAACCCUCCCACUAUCGUGCAAGACAAAGUGCUCGCCCUGAUCCAGGCGUGGGCUGAUGCGUUCAGGAGUAGUCCAGACAUGACGGGUGUGGUCCAGAUCUAUGAGGAGCUGAAGAGGAAGGGUAUAGAUUUCCCAAUGUCGGACCUGGAUGUCCUGUCUCCCAUCCACACUCCUAAGCGGCUGUUGACUGGCCCAGAGGAGAACCAAGCCACCGCCCCUCCCCUGGCCCAGCCUAUCCCCCAACCCCAACAGCAGCCUCCUCCUCAUGCUGUCUCCGCCCCAUCGUUUGCAUCGUCUGUUCCUCCCACCUACUCUGCCCCGCAGGUCCUCAACCUUGGCGCCUCUGGGUCUAUCAACCCUUCACCUGAACAGAUCUGCCGGCUGCGAAGGGAGCUGGACAUUGUGCGUGGCAACACAAAGGUGAUGUCAGAGAUGCUGACAGAGAUGGUUCCUGGACAGGAGGACCCCUCGGACCACAAGCUCCUGCAGGAGCUGAACCGGACGUGCCGGGCCAUGCAGCAGAGGAUAGUGGAGCUCAUCUCCUGUGUGUCUGACGAGGAGGUCACAGAGGAACUACUGCACGUCAAUGACGACCUCAACAACAUCUUCCUACGCUACGACAGGUACGAGAGGUACCGGUCAGGCAGAGCAUCUCAGGGUAUCAAUAAUGGGGUCCUCAGUGAGGCUACAGAGGACAACCUUAUAGACCUGGGCCCUGGUUCUCCUGCUGUCGUCAGCAACAUGGUCACUUCCACCGUCACGCCUCCAUCCUUCACCGCCCCCGCUGCACGUCCUUCCUCACCUGCCUCCCUCGCCUCUCGUCUGGCCGGCCUCGACGUGGGUGCCAGUGUGACCAGCACUCUGAGCUCUCUGCCCAGCUGUAAGCCUCAGGACGACUUUGACAUGUUCGCCCAGACCAGGACCGGAGCUCUGCCACUGACUACUGAGACACUCGUCACGGCUCCUCUAGAGGACCUUAAUGCUGUAGGUGGGAUUGAGCUGCCUCCUACUCUGGAAGUCAGGCAGCCUGCAGGAGGGAUUCCCGUUGGCCAAUCCUCUGUCAUGGAUGACAUAGAGGAGUGGCUGUGUACUGACGUGCAAGGAGAGGAUGGCGAAGAGGGGGUGACCAGUGAAGAGUUUGACAAGUUUCUGGAGGAGCGGGCAAAGGCAGCAGAGACGGUGCCCAGCCUCCCCUCACCCCCUUGUGGUGAUCCCGGUGCAACUACCGGUGCACCCAGGAAGAAGGCUGAAAGACCAGAGGACGCCCUGUUCACUUAGUACAGUGGUUUUCAAACCUCUCCUCGGGGACCCCCAGACAUUUCACAAUGUUGUAGCCCUGAACUAGCCCACUGAUUCACCUAGUCAAGGGCUUGAUGAUUAAUUGACAAGUUGAAUCAGGUGUGCUAGCCAUAGAAUAGUUCAAACGCAUGGAACGGCUAGGGGUCCCUGAGGAGAGGUUUGAAAUCACUCGCUUAGUAGACCUCUCUUAACCUUUUGACUUCUGACCUGACCAGCGCCUGGAGUCCCCAGACUGUUGUCUGUGAAAAAUCCACUUUCUCAUCCUCCCACUCUGGAGCUGUCUACCAUCAGCUAAACGUCUGCUACCCAGUAACACACAUUCAUGUUCUCAGGCAAUUUACUACACUGCAAAGGGAACCCCCACGCAUUUUACAUUUGUUUUUUUAGAAACAAACCAGCUUCAUUAGGGACAAGGUUGCAAUGUAUUCCCAUAAUCAACAGUCCCUAUCUAACAGUUGAUGGUUUGGAACUGUCUCCAGCUUCGGAAGGACUGUGGAGAAUCGACAGCCAUCUUUAUAAACCAGCAGCUCACUCUGUCCCGGGGCUGGUCUUCCUCUGAAGGGUAAUAUGAGACGUACCCUACCUACAGUACUACCCAUAUUCUGCUCUGUUCUGACAGCAAGAAGCCAUCCCUAUCCAGUCGUCCCCUACUCUACUGCAUGUAUAAACACAUCCAUUCACCCUUCAAUCCCUCCUCGGACUGAAAGGGACGUCAAAGGGAGUUAAAUGAAGUGCAGGGACAGUUAUUGUUAACCUUUUUUAUAGGUCAGAUGAGGGCAGGUAGUAUUGAAAUAUAUCAUGAUGUAUGAAUGGGGAAUAUUCUGGAUCAUUGUAUUGUUUUUACGAUGUGUUUAAUUCCAAGUCUAUUAUAUUGUCCAUUAUAGCCCCUGACUGAAUGUCUUACUUCAUCCAUUUAACUUUGUUUUUGUGUGUAGAAUAUUAGUUUGAGAGAUUUAUUUUCGGGUUAUUCAUUUUGAUUUUAUUUUUUUUUUGAGUAAGACAACAAUCAUUAACAUUAAAUCAUUGAAUGCACUGCUAUGGUUGUUUAUUGAGGUGUUAUAAAGUUUAUUUUAAUGAACAAAUAAGUAGUAUCUACCUGACAAAGAUUUUCUAUUCAUCCAUAUAUUGGGACAGGUACAAUGCUGUUGGGAAGGCAAAGACCAGAUGUUGUCGUGGAGCCCAAGCAUGAUUGCAUCACAUCCAUAGUGAAUAAAGUAGCUGAUCAUGCUGUAAGAGUCAGUCAGGAGUGAUAAUGUAUUAGUCAGUCUUAUGAGAACAGUAACUUUAGGUUUUAAAGUCUGUAAUGUGGUUUUCACUACAGAUAUGGAGGCAGACUGAAUAUUGUAUGUCUGGUGUUGAAUAAUAACUGAAUUAAUGGACUGAAGUUUUGUCUAGUGGAUGUAAAAAAAAAACUAUAGAUGAGAUGGUUAUGAACACUAUGAAGGGGACAUUUGGUCUCUGGGGAGUCCAAUGCUAUAUUUUCACCUGAACUCUACCAUGUUCUUGUCUCUCGCUGGCUGUGCUGGCACCACUCAGAUGCUAGCCAGUUAGCUCUGUGGUUUCACCAGCUGAUCAGAAACAGUGUGACUGUGCUGAAAAGAGGGAUGGCCUGAGUGGGAGCCAAGCUCUCACCAUUUAGCGAACGUAACAUUGAUGUUUUCAGAAACAACACUGCUUUACUGGUAUGAGCAAGAACGUGGAGUACUGAAAUCAUCUUUAUUCUCUUUCUUGAUCGUACACAUGCUGUUUCAUACAAUCACAAAUACUUGACAGUCCUUCAUUACCUUAUCCUGCCAUUCUGUUAUUAUUAAAAGAUCUAGUUGAGUGAGUUGGUACAUUUAACAUAUCUGUAAUCAACGGAGAAUGUUGAAAUAUUGACAAGUCUAGGAAUAAUUUAUUUCGUAUUUUCUUCUGUUCUAUCAGUAUUUGAAAUAGUUUUAUUUUAUAAAGCAGAAUGCAAUCAUGAACUGCUUUAUGAGACCGAUCAAGGUUUUUCAUGUGUGUUAAACAUGUUUUGUUUAUCUUUUAUGGACUUCAACAUAAUUUUUCCUACACACUGAUUUAUGCUGAUUCAAUGUUAGAAAUUGUAGAAAUGUAUUCGGAUUAAUUUGCAACAACUUUAACGAUCACUAUGUCAAGUGUCCACUCGUUGGUUUGUAACUAAGGAAAUAACCCUAUUGAAUUUGUUUUCCCAUGGUUUGUUGAACAAGCACUACAGUCAUGUUACUGUAUCUUCCCCUCUGUCUUAAUAUAUGUAUAUAUAUAUAUACACCAUGGGACAGCCUAGCACAUGAUGAACCAACAUCAUAGGUGUCAGAAAAAUGACCUCGCUUCUGAAAGACACUUUAAAAGAAGUGUUGACAUUGCACAUUAUGAAAAGGUUUUCCGUCUCUUCUGUGAAUGGAAAUAUGUUGUGUGCAUGUAGAAGGGUUGCCUGUACAUCUGAUGUAUUGGAGGGGGAAGAAGAAUUGCUAUGUGUGCCAUCCAGUAUACAUAGUUUAAUAUAGCUCGAUAUUGAUCUAGCUUGCUCAGUGGAACUUUGAUUCUAUACUUUAUCUUGUAUAAUCAAGGCAGGUAUGACUAUUAGCUUGGCAGGUGGUCACUUUGAAGCCUGCUCUUAGAAAGAACAAAUAAUGUGUAUAUGGUAAAAAAUAAAGGGUAUUUUAUAAGGGAGGCUGUAUGUAUGCCUACUGCUUCUGCUGUGUACUGCGUUACAGUGAGCUUCAAAAGUAUUGGGACAGCGACACUUUUUGUUGUUUUGGCUCUGUACUCUCCACUUUAAUUCGAAGGUGUUUUCAUCCAUAUUGGGUAAACCGUUGAAAAAUUACAGCACUUUUUGUACUUAGUCCUCCCAUUUUAGGGGACAAAGUAUUCCGACAAAUUCACUUAUGUGUAAAUAAAAAAUAUAAAAAUUAUUGCGACAUUACCUCAGAACAAAUUCUUAUUUUCAAUAACGGCCUAGGAACAGUCGGUUUAACUGCCUUGUUCAGGGGCAGAACAACAGAUUUUUACCUUGUCAGCUCGGGGAUUCGAUCUUGCAACCUUUCGGUUACUAGUCCAACACUCUAACCACUAAGGUACCUGCCGCCCCAAUUGAAGUAUACUGAGCAAAAAUAUAAAUGCAACAAUUUCAACGAUUUUACUGAGUUACAGUUCAUGUAAGGAAAUCUGACCAUUUAAAUACAUUCAUUAGGCCCUAAUCUAUGGCUUUCACAUGACUGGGCAGGGGUGCAGCCUGGAGAGCCAGGACCAGCCAAUCAGAAUUAGAUUUUUUUCCCCACAAAAGGGCUUUAUUACAGAAAAACUCCUUAGUUUCAUCAGCUGCCCGGGUCUCAGAUGAUCUCGCAAGUGAAGAAGCCAGAUGUGGAUAUCAUACCGCCCAAAAAAUGCUAACCUCCCCUGUUAUUAUAAUGGUGAGAGGUUAGCAUGUCUUGGGGGUAUGAUAUUUGUGCCUCUAACUUUCUCAUCUUUAUUCACAGUUCAUUCAGGAAUAUCCAUAAUCAUGGUAGCAUCCACAUUAAUGUAGACGUGUUUAGAAACAUAUUCUAUUCUUAUUUACAAUAAAAGUGACUCCAAAAUGACACAAUUACCAUUAAUUUCUAUUGGGCACAAAAUAAUCUGAAACACAACUAAAACAAACAGCAAAUACAUCCAAAAAAAUUAGUCAAAAGCUUGAUGUAGUCAUUGCAUGCUAUGGAUAUGGGACUAAAUACUUCACUUUUUAGUACUUUAAUACACAAGUGAAUUUGUCCCAAUACUUUUGGUCACCUAAAAUAGGAGAACUAUGUACAAAAAGUGUUUAAUUGUUAAACAGUUCACUCGAUAUGGAUGGAAAAAUCCUUAAAUUAAAAAGCUGUCAGUCUGCACUUUAACUUCAUAGUCAUUGUAUAAUUUCAAAUCCAAAGUGCUGGAGUAGAGCCAAAAUGUGUCACUAUUCCAAUACUUUUGGAGCUCACUUGUUUGACUAUUGUUUGACUCAUGCAUGUGUUGAACACCAAUAAAACGCUAUAGCGGUGUAAUAUGCUCCAACUUUA